AUGUCCACUGCUAGACUUUUUUUCGUGGAUGCCGCUUGGGUGUCGAUCCUCACGCCUUCGGAAGGGAAACCUCCAGUACUUGCACACGCCGGUGUGUCCGUGGAGUCGGCCGCUGCAGCUCUAAGCACCAAGCCCCCAGUACUUGCACUCUCCAGUGUCGGCACUGUGACCAUGGAGUAUGCAGUCGCGGCUCCAAUCACCAAACCCCCAGUACUUGCACUCGCCAGUGUUACUGCCGUGGAGUCGGCCGUCGCAGCUCCAAGUCCCAAGCCUCCAGUAUUUGGACUCGCCGGUGUCGGCUUCGUGGUCAUCGAAGACGCCAAUCCCCCAGUCUAUACACUUGCCUGUAUCGGCAAUAUGGCUGUGGAGUCGGUUAUGGCGGCAGCAGACGCCAAACGCUCGAUACACGCCCUCACCGGUGUCGGAAACGUGACUUUGGAGUUGUCCGUAGUCUCUGUAGACGCCGAAUCCCUUGUACGCACACUCGCCGGUGCUGAUAGUGUGGCCUCGGCAUUAGCAGUCGCUUGUGUAGACACUAAUCCCCCUGCACUCGCAUUAGCCGACACUAAGCCCCCAGCAUUUACCCUCGCUGGUUCCGGCGGCGUGACUGUUGUCUAUGGGGCUGUAUCAUGUAGGAACUGUGCGAACUAA